UUAAAGGAAUUAGUUUCUGAUAUUUAACCUUACUCGCUGGCGCAGUCACGGCCGCGAACUCGCAGCCCAGGCAUGAGGAAACUCCAGUUGACUGCUGACACCUGACACCGCUUAUGCUGUGCUCAGAGCACCUACACAUCAACACGCAAGGGUCUUAUAGUAUAUCACUUUAAAACGCGUGCCUGUCGCGGUCUGAGUGAGGCAGUCCCGCCUAGAGUUUCCGCAAAGGCCCGGCAAGUUGUGUGCUCUAGUCCCAAUCAAUCAAUAGAGCUACGGCGCAGUGCUAUCGCCUUGACUCCAGUUUGUGAUACGGCGCUCGGUGGCUAAGAAAUCCGGAUACUGGGCCCUUUUGGUGUCGUUACCAAGUCGUCAUAGCUAAAAGGCCUGCAAAGCAUGUCUGGGGAGCUUUGGGGCUCCGCUGACGGGGGAAUGCUGGGAAAUGCGCUCUCCAUGUCAAGCGAGAGGCAGGACCGCAGCCUAAAGCAUAUGGAAAGUCGACACGCGGCAGCGCCUGCCCUAAGUUCAGGCUCGCAGACCAUUUCUGAAUUUGAGCGCGCGGAGCAGCUGUUUCGGCUUGCGGGGCCUCGCCAAGCCGGCGAAAGCGUGGCAGUCUUCAGGCCGGUGGCGCCGCACGGCGCGGUCGAAACAGCUCAGGCCGCCCCUGCCAACGAUUGCUCAGGCAGCUUGAUCGCGCUGUCGCGUGACGGCUCGGAAUGCAGCGGCUCCGGCUCCGGCGCGCCCAGCAUCGACACCACCAACACCACCUGCUGCGACGACAACGCCAUCAGCCGCAGCGGCUGGAGCGACGUGCCCCCGCCGCGCGCCCUCGCCGGCCUGAUGCUGCCGCCCAGCGCCGCCUCCCCCGCCCCCGCCUCCGCCGCCGGAGCUGCGGCUGGCGGCGGCGCCUGCGGCGGGGUUGUGGCCGUGUUCAACGCGGGCUCGGUGCUGUCGCGCAACGGCAUGACUGAGGCCUUCGAGGACAGUGGCGAGGCCGUGUUGAUGAUUGGCGAGGAUGUCGGUUCCGAUGCCGAGCAGCUGUCGCGCUACAGCCCCGCCGACAACGCCGUCUUUGGCGCCGCCGCCAGUGCUACAGCUGCUGUCGCUGAGGCGGGCGGCGCCGCCGCUGCCAGGUCAGCAUCCUCAAACCUGGCCGACUCAGACGCCUGCAGCGACGCCUCGGCCCCCGCUGCGCCCGCUGCUGCUGCUGCUACUGCUGCUGACGCUGCUACUGCCGACAUGCCGGAACCCGCCGAGGCUGAGGCCGCCGCCACGCUUGGCGCUGACAGCAAGGCUGGCGGGCAGGCCACUGACGCCGGGGCCACCCAGGCCGCUGACGGCACCGCUGCGGUUGCUGCGGCCGUUGAGGUGCCUGGUGACGAGGACGGGCCCUUCGCGCCGCGGCCUUUCGCCGCCGGCGACGUGCGCCUGGCUCGCAUGCUGAUGGCUGUGGCGCAGGCCACGGGCGCCAGUGCGCCGCAGCUGCUGCAGCAGCUCCUCAACUUCGCGCCUGAGGACUACCAGGAGCUGGUGGCUGCGAUGGCCGAGAGCGGCUGCAGCGCUGUGCACCACAUCGCCUCGAUGCUGCACAAUCUGCGCACCAUGGCCGAAGAGGCCAUAGCCGACAGCAUCGCGCCGCCGCCGCCCGGCCACGGCAACGGCAACGGCAAGAGCGGCGGCGCAUCGCGCGGCGGCGCCGCCGCCAAGAGCACGCCGGAGUCCGAGGCCGAGGCGCGCGCGGCGGCGGAGGCGCUGCGUGUGUCGGUCAUGGAGCACUACAACCGCGUCGUCACCCGCCUUGUACACACCGCCCUCGCGCUUCUGGAGCCAGGCGCGGUGGCGGCGCUCGCCGCGUCUACCCAUGCCGCCACCGGCGGAAGCGGCAUCGGCAGCGGCGCCGCCGCGCGCUUCCUGAACAGCAUUGUGCCGCCGCCGCCCCCGCCGCCGCCGCGCCACCGGACGCCGGCAGAGGGUGCAGCAGCGGCAGGCGCGGGAGCCGCGCCUCCGCCGCCACCGCCGCGCGGCGGCGCCGUCUGCAGCCCCGCCGCCGUCAGUCCGUUCAACGGCGGCGCCCACGCCGGUCACAACCGCGGCCGCGCCGCCACUAGCAGCGGCCUGGGCGCCCUCGGUCGCGCCGCCGCAAACAGCGGCGCCGACGCUGGCGGCGGCUCCGGCUCGGUCCAGAGUGGCCCGCAGCCGGCGCUGCGCCUCGGCGAGGUGGCGGGAGCGCCGCCGCCGCCGCCGCCGCCUUCUUCCUCGUCUGGCCCGGACGCCGCAGACCUGGUGGAGCACGUGGUGCGUGCCGUGGCCGAGCACCUGGGCGCGGGCACGGCGGCGGAGGUGGCGGAGGCGCUGGCGGCAAGCGGCAUGACGUCGCGCGGCGCCGCCUUCGCCGCCGCCGCCGCCGGCGCGGCGCCGCCCGCCCCCGGCGGUGAGGCUGAGUCGCUGUCGAUGCUGCACCGCGUCCGCAGCGCGUCCGUCUCCUCCUCCUCGGCCGCCGCCGCCGCCGCGGCCUCGCAGCACGCCGGCCACCGCGGGUUGGGUUCGGCCAGCGGCAGCGCCAGCGUGGGUGUUGGCGGCGGCAGUGUCGCGCCGCUGCAGCGCCCGCGCAACGCCACCGCGGGCUCGCGCCCGCUGGCGGCUGUGCCCAUGCUGGACGCCGCCGCCGCCGCCAUGCUGCCGACGCUGGACCUGCCCAGCCCCGCGGCGCCCACCUACCGGCCCGUGUCGCUCAUGCCCACACCCAACACGCCUACGCCGCAGCAGCAGAUGCAUCUGGGCCACAAUGGCGGCGCCGCCGCCGCCAUGCGCGCCACGCUUGCAUCGCCGGCGCUGGCGCCGGCGGCGCCAUCGCUGGGCCUGGGCGGCGGCGGCGGGAACCUGAACGAGCGCCUGCACACACGGGUGGCGUCUGGCAGCUAUGAUGCAUUGGCGGCGGCCGCAGCCGCUGCUCAGCAGCAGCAGCAGCAAUUGCAGCUAAUGGACAUGCUGGCGGCGAUGGCCGACGGCGGCGCCGCCGCCGGCAUGGGCUGGCCCGGCAGUGGCGGCGCUGCCACUGCGGACGUCACGUCCACCGCAGCCAUGUUGGCCGCGGCGGCGGCCGCUUCCCACUCCUCUUCGCCGGAUCCGUACGGCCUGACCGCAGCUAUGCAGCAGCAGGCGUCUUCUAUGGCGGCGGGCGGUGGCGGGCAGGCCGCGUUGUCGGCGCUUGCUUGGUCCGCGGCGGCAGGGCUGCCGCUGACGGCGCAACAGCAGCAGCAGCUCCAGCAACUGCACCAGCUGCAGGGCCGGCAGCAGCAGCAGCAGCAACACAUGGUGGCGCAGCCUCGCGUGUACCACCACCAGGCCCAGCACCUGCAGCAGCAGCAACAGCAACAGCAACAACACAUGCAGCACUACCACCACCGGCAGGGCCAGCGGCAGGCGUCACCCUACGCCGCGGCGGCUGUUGCGGCGGCGAUGCAGCACCAGCAGCACCAGCUGCAGCAGCAACAACAACAACAACUGGCUGCAGCCGGUCUUCUGUCUGCGGUAAGCGCGCCUGCCGCCAUUCCAAGUAACGCCGUCAGCGCUGCCGCGGCUGCAUGGCUGCAGCAGCAGCAGCAACCGUUCGGGGGCGCGGCAGGCGGCGGCGCUGGCUUUGUGGACCCGCAAAUGCAACUUCAUUAUGGCUGGGGCAUUUAGUUGUCAUUCAAUCCUAUUGUAGGAAAAGCACUCAUCAUGUGCUGUGCCAGGGCCAGAGCUCUAGAGCUUCUCUUCUUUAUUUGCUUUCUCGCAUCCAAGCCCGGAACGAUAGCGCGGGUUGCAGGCGCAUGUUAGAUAGCAUGUCUACAUGUCUCUUUAGCAUUUAUAUGUGCGCUGCGACCUUCCUUUGCUUUCGGCGCCUGGCUUGGUUUGCAAAAUGCGAUUGCGUGCUGGCUCAUUGCACGCCACACGCUAUUGGCAUUAGCAGGCUGGAUUACUGAGGCAUGUAUUUGCAUGCGCUGUGAUCGAGACCGGUGUGGAGGUUCCUGCUGACGAUGUUGAUGUAUGGACAGUAGGGGCGGUCAAGGGCACUGGGGGCGCAGCCCUCGAGCUGCCUCCUGCUCUGGGCGUGGACUCCUGAAAUGAGGGUACAGGCAGUGGACGAGUUUGAAUGAUUGUUGAUGGUGACUCGCGGAGAAUUUGAACAGCGGGUAUUCUGUAUCCCGUCCGCGGCCUGCCAGUAUAAGCUGGAGGCCGGAUUUAUUGAGAAGCUGGCGUGUGGUGGCGCAAGGAGCGUCACGCGGUUGGGACACAGUUUCUGUUGGUUAACCGACGCCGCAUUGACGUGGCACCCGGUCUUCAUACUUCCGCUGUACUGUCAGGCGGGAGCCAGCCCCCGCCCAUUAAUUGCAGAACUGCCCCCAAACGGGUUUUCUGGUACCAGCACACGCACUGCCCUGAUAUAAGAUGCCAUACGCA